AUGAUUUCCACCACCACCACGACUACUCCAAAACGGACUUUGCGCCGGAAACCAUCCUUGACGCAUUCCUUACGAGCUCCCUCCGCUUCUGCUUCAAGUCCCAAUCUACAUACGCUGUACACCGCGCAGCCAAAGCUCCUACGGCCUGGCGUGUCGCGCAAAACCUCGCUGGCGGCUUUGACCUCUACUUCGCUGGCCAGCAUACCCGAUGUCAGUGAAAGCUACGCACUGGAAACUGUCUUGAGCGAGUCCCCGCCCGACAUGGCUCCUGCGACACCUGGACGGUCGUCGACCGACGACAUCAUUGUCGGCGAUGCUGUUGACGUGCCGGGUGGCAUGUCUGGCACAGUUCGUUUUGUCGGCACCGUUCAGGGGAAAAAAGGCACCUUUGCUGGCAUUGAGCUUCACCAGGAGUUUGCGGCGAGGGGCAAAAACAACGGUGAUGUUGACGGUAUCUCAUACUUCACUACCUCCGUACCAGGAUCUGGAAUAUUCGUCCCUGUGGCCAAGGCAUCACUUCGAGGCUCUGCUACCAAUGCGUUUCCAUUGAGCCCGACCUCACAUGCCACUGGGGGACUGGCGGGAACGAAUUUCACUCCUCCCGGCCUGACAAAAUUCAGUGCCUCGGUAGGCCCUGGGUUCAGAGCACCAAGCCCCCAAAACAGGCGCCCUCCGAGAACGUCGCUUCCUCGCCCCGACUCGCCCGUCCGCCGCACGCAGAUGACUCCCGGCCCUCGCCCAUCGAUCGGAACUCCUGCCCCCAAAGCGCCUGCGAGAUUUGCCAGCCCCACGAACAGCAAUCGGUUUACGCAAAGUGUCCGUGGGACGGCAGGUGACCCAAACAAGAGACCGCCUAGGCUCGAUCGCAAACAAAGUAUAGGUCCCCGUAGUGCUUCUGCCCUGGGCUCAGUUCCGGGAUACGAUCAAGAAUCAAUGCUGUCGAUGCCUGUGAGCCCGCAACGUCUUAGGGCGAAUGGUCUUAGUGGCUCCCUAUCCGUCAUGAACCUGCGGCGUCCAGCAUCUCGGGCCAACGCAGCAAACGAAGAAGAGAUUGAGCGACUUCGUUCUCGGCUCGAAGAUCGAGACAAGCAAUUGAAGGAACAAGCCGCCACGUUGGCUGAAAUGGAAAGCAGUCUUGUAGAACUCCAAGGCCUCAUCGAAAAUUCGGAUGGGCCAAGAGUGCAAAGAAACAGCCUGGACGACAAAGAUUCUGUUCAGCUGCGGGCCAUGUUGCGGGAGAAGAACGACAAAAUCGCCAUGCUCACUUCAGAAUUUGACGCUCAUCGCGCUGAUUUUCGGAGCACGAUUGAUACGCUAGAGCUGGCCAGCACGGAGACGGAGCGAGUAUACGAAAAACGCAUUGAGGAACUAAUGGCAGAUCUUCGGGAGCUCGAGACCAGAAACCUCGACGUCGAUUCGGUAGCGAAUCAGCUGAGACAGCUCGAAGAACUUGUCCAGGAGCUCGAGGAAGGCUUGGAAGAUGCUCGCAGAGGUGAAGCCGAAGCCCGGGGAGAGGCUGAGUUUUUGCGGGGUGAAGUAGAAAGAACAAAGACCGAACUUCGCCGCGAACGCGAAAAACAAGGACCAGUGGGAACCUCCCCCGACCACCAGGCCAGUGCUUCAAAGGAACUGGAGCAAAAAGAAGACGAGAUUAGAGGCCUCAAAGCCAUCAUUCACUCUCUCAGUCGGGACUCCGUCGGUGACGCUGACGAGCGCACUCCUACUCAACGUCCUGGUUCGUUUAUGGCCGGCGGGGAAGACGGCAAUGCGGCACAUAAAGACCUGGAAAGACAAGUUAUUGAGUUGCAGACUUUACUCGACAAGAAGAACAGCCGGGAAGAAGAGCUUGAGCAAGAGCUCGAGGCGUUGCGGGGGGGCAACCCGACUUCGCAGCAGAACUCUACUCACCGGUCGUCGCUAAGGGAUUCUCGUGACACGGUCAUUCCGGUUCGCAAUCCUGAGCCACGGUUGCAGGAAAUAAAUCACAAGAGAGAGCCGAAUCGCAGGCGAGGCAACAUGCUGGACACAAUGCCUGAGAGUGACGAUUACUCGACGGCUACAGAGACUAGUACUCUUUGGUGCGAGAUUUGCGAGACCAGCGGUCAUGACAUAUUGACUUGCACCAACAUGUUUGGGCCGGAAGGCGCGAAAGCCGCCAGCGACACGACGGCGGGCCCAGGUGUUGCCCGGGAAGGGAUGAGGGCCCAGAGCUCUCUGGGUGAAGAUGCUCACCCUGCUCCGUUAUCCACGAAGUCGAAGAUGUCUUCUCCUGCUCGAGCAAUCAAGAUCCUUCCAAACGUGAUGGAAUCAGGACCCGUAGCGGGCAAGGAGAGCGGAAUCGUGGAUGCAGCGAAAUGGUGCGCCGUCUGUGAACGCGACGGACAUGACAGCGUCGACUGUCCAUUCGAGGAUGCUUUUUGA